AUACCAUGAGGCAUUGGCUCGGUCUUCUACAGCGCCCCUCCCUCUUUCUCCAUGGGUCCUCUUCUCUCGCUGUCGCAGUUUUGGUUUCUACGUGAGACCGUGGCGGUAGUGGAAGCAGCAAUGGCGUUGCCCCCUCCUGAUCCUCAGUUUGUUCUCCGCGGGACCGGAGCACCGGUAAACACGCUGCAUUUCUGCUGUAGGAACCAGGAGCAGGACAAGCCCCUCCUCUUCUCUGGCUCUGCCAAUGGUGCAGUUCAUGUUUGGAACCUGAGGACGAGGAGGACAGAGAGUGUGUUGGAAGGACAUGGAGGGGCAUCAGUCUUGUGGGUCCAGACUCUCAACAGCAGAGAUGCCCUGAUCAGCCAGGGUCGUGACCUCCGAGUGUGCAUGUGGGACCUGGCUGAAGGAAGGAGCGUGGUCACAGAUUCCAUUCUAACGGAGAGCGUGGGGUUCUGCCAGUGUUCUCUGCUGGACAGGGAGGGCGGACAUUGGCUACUGGCUGUUCCUGGGGCAGACAUGGCAGCGGUUCGAGUUUUGGAUCUUCCCAGUAAGACACCGGUUUGUACUCUGAAGCCAGAUGCUAAGCUAGGCAUGCCUAUGUGCCUUAAACUAUGGCAGCCAGACUCGGGAUCCAGCCCCUUGCUGUGGGCCGGCUAUGAAGACGGAUCGGUCUCCCUCUGGAACCUAUCAGAACGGAGUCUGCUGAGCCGCCUCGCUUGCCACGCUGAGCCCGUCAUGAGCCUUGACUUUGACCCUGGGAAGUUAAGAGGUGUCUCAGGCUCCUCGGAGAAGGCCAUCAACUCCUGGACGCUUGACGGACAGCAAAGCCUCAAGCUGCAGGAUUCAGUAGAGCUGGUGAAUCCGGGGAUUUCAUACCUCUGUAUCCGAGAGGACAGAAGGAUCUUGGCGACAGCAGGAUGGGAUCACCGGAUCCGUUUGCUUGGGUGGAAGAAACUGAAGCCCCUGGCCGUGCUGCAGUACCAUACAGACGUUGUGCAGUGUGUCGCGUUUUCAGAUCAUGACGUGCCCAGCAAGAGACUCAUGGCUGCAGGAUCCAAAGACCAGCGCAUAAGCUUUUGGUCUGUGUAUAACCAGAUUUAAAAGGAUAUUUCUACAUGUGAAGAAGAGUCUUCAAGGUGCAUGUUGUGAAAUCCAUGGUGCUUCCAUGCCUUAUUAAAUACCCCAUUGCCAUGAUGAAGUACUGCUGGAUGGGAUUAUGUGCUGGUCACCUCUUUCAGGGAGAGAAACUGGACAUUUGGUACAUGGGCUGACAUAAUGAUUAUCGCCUAUUAUUAUUAUUAU